CAGUCAACACAACCGCAGCACUGCCUGCAAGCUCGGGGCUAGUGUUCUUCCUAAUUUUUGUUUUUUUGUAGCGUAUGUGGUUUUCAGUGGGCUUUGCGCUGGGGUGACAGUGCGAAACUGAGAAACAUGCUUUCGCAGGCGACGUAGAUUGAGCGACCAUCCUCGCGUUUAGACAUGUUCAAGCUCAAGACGUGCGUUUAAGUCCGGUGCGGUUUGACUUUUUGUUGUUGUUGUUGUUGUUGUUGUUGUCGGGGCUUGGCGUCUCAGUCCCUGCCGUAUCUCCAGUUUCGACUGUUGAGCGACUAAGUAGCCGUCGAGUUCAGCUCCUGCCCCGAUUAAAGGAGGAUGAACUGGAUUUUCCCCUUGUCCAAGGGAUCUGGACCGCUUCCACCUCUGAACAGUUUACAGCAGCAGAGGCAGAGGCAAAUCGAGUCGCUCAAAGCUGCCCACUCCAACCUAGCAGAGAUCCAGAAAGAUGUGGAAUACAGAAUACCCUUCACAGUCAACAACACAACUAUCAGCCUUAACAUUUUGCUUCCACCCCAGUUUCCCCAAGAGAAGCCGACUGUCAGUGUUUUCCCCUGUGUGAGGCAUCACCUGGUAGACAGCCAAAAUGGCACAAUCAUAACCAGCCCCCUCAUAACCAAUUUUGGAAUGCACUCAGAUCUGGGUAAAGUCAUACAGAGCCUCUUGGAUGAGUUUUGGAAGAAUCCGCCUGCCCUGGCAUCUGGUUCUGCCAGUUUUCCCUUCCUCUACAACAAGCCCUCCGGAAUGGCGCCCUACCCUCCCCAGGGCUUUCACUUCAUGCCCGCGUUCCCUCCCCAGGACGCCCCUCGGGUGCCGGGCGCGGACUCUGUCCCCGCGCUGCCCCCAGCGUUCGGCACCCCCAGGCCCGCGGCGCCCGCCUACGGCCUCAUCGCCGACCUGCCCCUGCCCGUCCCCACAGCCGACUCACAGGCAGGACUGAAUGGCCACACUUACAAGAUGCCUGAAAUUCCUGAAACAUUUCCAGAGUUGACCGAGUUGAGCAUAGCUCAGCUGAAAGACCUGAGCGAUCAGGAGGACCUAUUGCUGCAGCAUUUCAUACGCCUUCCCCAGCUGAAACAGGUCACUUCAGACAAGGACGAUCUUGUCCAGAAUAUCAUUGACAUGGCAAAAAAGAAUUUGCAGUUGGAGCCACAGUUGGAAGGGAAAAGGCAGGAAAUGUUGUACAAAUAUGAACUGUUGAACCAGCUGAAAUCUGCCUUUGAGACAAAGAUGCAGAGGCAGCAUGAACUGAGCGAGAGCUGCAGCUUGAGCGCCCUGCAGGCCAGGCUGAAAGUCGCAGCUCACCAAGCGGAGGAGGAGUCGGAGGUCGUUGCCGAGGAGUUCCUAGAGGGCAAGACGGACAUUGACGACUUCCUCACCAACUUCAUGGAGAAACGGACUCUUUGUCACUGUAGAAGAGCCAAAGAGGAAAAGCUCCAGCAGUCAAUAAACACCCACGGACAGUUUCAUGCAGCACUUUAGGCUGUUUUUUUUCUUUUUAAGGUCUUGACUUGUUGAACUACCAGCACAGCUCAGAGCAGGAUGAAAAAGCACAUCUUGUUUUCAUAGAAAUCCAGAACUGAAGAUGCACCGUGUUUUGUGUUAUUAAUUGUAUCAGAACUAGAAAGAAAUUGAACUAACCACACUGUCAAGCAUUUUGCAGAUCAUAAAAUUUACUUGAACUAUGUUAUUGCUGCCCUUGUACUUAAGAAAAAUACUGUAUUUAAAUAAUGUUAAUAAUAGACUUUAUUAUAAUCAGAUGUAUUUUAUGUUAUUUAAUUUGUUAAGUAAUAAACCUUUAGAUCAUGCA